GUUACACACCCGGAAGCCCUGCGCGCUCGUGCAUUCGUCUCUCUGCCGCCUUCUUCUGGCACACAGGAGUUGAACUUGGCUCCAUAUGGGCAACUUAGUGACGUUAACCGUUCAGUGCUAAUCGAUUCGGGUUUUGGAUAACCGGCUGCUGAAUCCUUUCUGCGGUACCGUAAGUGAAGACAGAGCAGCGCGUCUGCAGACUGCAGUCCUUUCCCCGCCGUCACAUUAACAAAACACUAGUGUUGCGCUGCCGUUCACAAGUUCAUGUGUGUGCAGUAGAGGCUCCGGAGCGCUUUCCCCGCAGUUCCCCCCAGCUUCAGCUACAAUGAGCGAGUAUUUCAGCCUGUCGGACUGUGAUGUGAUCGGGUUCGACCUGGACCACACGCUAUGCCGCUACCAUCUGAAGGAGACCUCCAGGCUGAUCUAUGAGAGCUUUGCCAGGUAUCUGGUGGAGCAUAAAGGCUAUGACAAGGACCUGCUGAACCUAACCUCUGCUACCUGGGAUUUCUGUUUUAAAGGGCUAGUGGUGGAUCUGGAGGAUGGAAACCUCGUGAAGCUGGCUGAAGAUGGAACCGUCUUGCGAGCGACACAUGGAACCAAUGACCUCAGCACAGAAGAGAUCAUCAAACAUUAUGGUCCAAAAAGGGAGUGGAAGCACUUUGAUAGCCUCAAUACCUCCUUCACAAGAUCUGCAAAGUACUAUUUCUAUGACAACUACUUUGAUCUACCCGGGGCUCUCCUCUGUGGAAGAGUUGUCGACAUGUUGCAUAAGCGAGGAAAUGAGGUGAAUUCUGACUUUUGGAAAGACAUGGUUGCUGCCAUCGACCACAAUUACAACACAUCUGCAUUCAAAGAGGACGCAGGGACAUACUUCCCCAGUGUGAAGAGGGACCCGGGCCGGUACCUGCAACCCUGCUCUGACUCCGUCAAGACCUGGCUGCGCAGCAUGAAGAACAGUGGGAAGGUCCUGCUCCUCAUCACCAGCUCCCACAGUGACUACUGCAGGCUAAUCUGUGAACACAUCCUGGGGAAGGAUUUCGAAGAGCUGUUUGACGUCAUCAUCACAAACGCCUUGAAGCCCGGUUUCUUCUCCUUGGUGCCCCAGCAGAGGCCCUUUAGGACCCUUGUGAGCGACGUGGAGGAGGCCGAGGGGCUGCCGUCGCUGGAUAAACCCGGCUGGUACUCCCAGGGAAACUGGCCGCACCUGCACGAGCUGCUCAAGACCAUGACGGGGAAACCAGAGCCCAAGGUAGUGUAUUUUGGAGAUAGCAUGCGGUCGGACAUGUUCCCUGCCAGCAGUUUUGGGAAGUGGGAGACAGUGAUGAUCGUGGAGGAAAUGGAGGGGGAGGGUGUCCCGAAGAGUGACGCGGCGAUGUCAAAUGAGGCCCAAGUGGAGCCUCUGGAGAAAAAGGGAAAGUUUGAGGAGCAGGGCAUGAAGUCACCCUCUGCUGUGUCCAAGCAGUGGGGCUCCUACUUUGUCGACGUACAUAGAAGCGAAGGAGGGGAUGAGGAGAACCAGAAACUGACCUGGUGCUGUAACUGCAUUCACAAAUACAGCACCAUGGCCAUCCCUAGUGUGGAGCACAUAGCAGAUCUCCCUUUGGAUUACAAGUUCCCCAGGUUUUCUCCCGACAAGCCCUGCACCACCGGCUACUACCCCAGGCCCCCGGAUUCUUUGCUGAAGAGGAGAGGAAUGUGCCUCCCUUUUUGCCUGUAGUUUCCCACCUGACCCCACCGCCAUCUGUGGAGCACAGGAAGCAUACACUCCUCACCCAUUCAGAGAAACUAUGUGAAUGUAAGCCACAGUAUCUGUGUAAUAAUGCCUACAUUUGAACGUUGUUUCGUGGUUUAGUGUACUGUACACAUGGAAAUACGACUAAAUAAGUGUGUGAGAGUGUGUGAGAGUGUGUGUGUGUGUGUGUGUGUGUCUGCAUACAGUAAUAAUAGGAAAUGUAGUGUUUUAAUUGUUUUUAUUGUGAGCUCCCAAUUGGUUUCUAUGGUAGAUUGUUUAAAAAUCCGAUAUCUUCUAAUUUUUCCGAAAUAAAAUGAACACUUUACUGUCUGUUUAUCCCUGAAGUGAUUACCUCAAGAACCCUAUCUACUGUAAGCAGUACCCAGAUGACCAGUGUGUUUCUCCCUAAAGAUCAGUCGGAAUCAUUGUGUCAGUAUUCAGUAUAACACUGUUAUUGUGUAGUCUACUUUUUUCAAAUAUACUUUUACUGUAUGCAUUUUAGUAACCUUAACUUUAAGGUCUAAUGCUUCCCUGAUUUCAGUUUUGUAGAUGGUGUUAAUCUUCAGGUCAUUGUUGCUAAGAGACUGGCACAAUGCUGUCCUUUGUGUUGGCUGUUUCAAAAAAACAUAACUUUGGAAAACAAUAAUAAUAGUGGAUGAUGAAGAUUGUGCUAGAUGUUCUCUGUAUUAUUUUUGGUGCAACAGUGACAUGUGCUCUUUGAUUGAUUGUGUAAAAAUGUGGACUACUCGUGCUUCAUUCAUAUGCAGUGCCAGUUUGAGAUAUGCUUUAACCGACUUCUGAAUGGUUAUUUUGUCGGUGUGCAUAGACAAGUUGUGCCAUAAUACUUAAGGAACACUCAGUUUGGGAAAAAUCUGUGUAGGUUUGCUCAUUGCUUACAAGAGUAGAUUGAUAUCAGGGUAUCUCUGUACAUCCAGGCCAACCUGCAAAGGGUUUAGCCUAGCUUAGCACUAAGACUGGACCACAGCACAAUUGUUAGCCUCAGUACAACAUGGAACAAUAAAACUUUCAACAACUCCAAAUUUUAAAUGUUUUUUCUUGAUAGCUAGCAAACUUAUCACAAAUGCAAGAGUCAGCUCCAGAAGUUACUUCUGACAGCAGUGUGAGGACUGUGUGCAAACCCGAGGUCUUCACUUCACUUGGUUCAUCGACCUGAGCCAUCUGUCGUGCUAUGUGCAAAUUAUAUUCUGUCUAAGUACGGGUGCAGUCCCAUCCCAUUCUUAGGUUUUGAGUCUGCAUGUCAACCUGUAUAAUACCUAGCUUAGGCUUCAUUUUUGCUAAUUAAUUUAUACACGUCAAGUUAGGGAUGUUUUUCCUACAGUUCCGUUUCGGAUUGGGCCCAAAAUAGAGAGCCUAAGUCCCUCCCCUUCCAGUGGACCACCAUGGGACCUUAUUUUGGAAAAAUAUUGUACGGUAGUCAAUGGCGAGGGACAACAAAUAUUUUGAUCCCGUUUGAAUUGUGCCCUGAAUUACACAUAUGUUUGUCCAUUUAAAAGAUCCAUUUUAAAGUCAAGAAAGUUGCAGUUUGAUGUAAAACUGUUGAGGUAUAAGACCACAAACCCAAAAACUGCGUAUGUGACGUCAUAACUGGCUCUGUCAAUGACUGAAGCUAACGUUUCUGAAGCUAACAUCAAAAAACUUACAUGAGAGGAUGAUGUGAUGAAAGGACUGAGAGUCAUUGGAUUAAACCCAUCAGAUGAGAUAUAUUUCUGCGUGGAACAUAUUUAAGUAAUCCAGCUAGUAGCAAGAAAGCAAUGAACGUUAGCUAGCAUUCCCGCGCUAACAUGUUAGUGACGUAUGUUGUGCGCAACGAGAUGUAGUUAGUUUAACAGUUUUCACACAAAAGGACAUGUAACUGUUCUGUUUUACGACAAAAUGCAACUUUCUUGACUUGCAAAAUUAUAUUUUAAAUCGACCAACAACAUAUGUGUAAUUCAGGGCUAAAUUCUAACGGGAUAAAAGAUAAGUUAUCUCUCGCCAUUGACUACUGUACAUAUUUUUUCCGAAAUAAGGUCCCAUGAGCCGGAAGCAGAAGUGAGUGACUUAGGCUCUCUAUCUGAGACAAGAUUCUGGUGUAAACCUGGCAACAUGACAGGAAGAGGACAUUUGACACGUGCUAGGGCUGUCAGGUUUAAAAUAGAAAAAGUUCAAAGAAAUUACAACAAAUAAGUAAUUAGUUUGAAUAAUUUAAUUCCAAGUCAGCGAACAACCUUACCAUUGUCCAUAGUGACAGAGUGACUGUGCGUUUUACAUGCCACAAAUUUAAAUACCCCCCACUGGAGUAUGAAGUAGGCCUGUUGCGCUUGCGCACUGUGAAUAAUAGUUUCGGAGACAUACCAGAUACUUGCUUGUGAAGAUACAGAUACUAUAGUAAUGUCUAAAAAGGCAGUCUAGCAUCUAGCUGCUAGCAAGUUUGCUAGUUAGGUUUCUAUUAGUCUUUGUGCUAAGCUGUGCUAAACAUCCUAGAUCGCUAGCGACACUAAGAUGAUAAAGGUAAAUCUUCCCAUCUGGCUCUGAGUAAGUCAUCACACAAGAUGACAUCCCAAAUGUCGAAGUGUUUCUUAGGAUGACCAACAUCUCAAAAAUGAAGAGAGAUGUUUUGAUGGUAAACAGCAUAGAGGUGUCAGCAUGUAUGUGAGAUUGGUCAUCCAGAGUGAAUUAUUACUUGUGCUGUGUGUGCAAGUGUUUUAUGCAUACAGCUGUGUGAUUGUGAUUGUACUCUUCUUUUCUCAUCUGACCUGGAAAAUCUGACAUGCUCAUUUGCCUUAUGUUGGAUUCAUUUGUGGUCUCAAGUUCUUGAAAACACAGGGAAAGUUAAAUUUUGUGUUGAAGUGCUGUCAAUGAAAUAAAAUGUUAUACAAUUUUCUUACAUAAGAUUUUCUCUUUUUCACUUCUUUGCAAGAUUCAGCUACUUGGACACUGAGCAUACAGCAGAAUUAAACACUUAAACACUUUCACACACACAUAAUACAGACUUCACACAUGGAUUGAUGUUAAAAGACCCCUGCAUACCCACUGUAUUACCAUUUGAAGACAUUUAUGAAACCGGUAUAAACAAUCUUCUGUAUAGUCGUCACUAAACUGCACAACCAUUUGAUUACAUUGUUGUAUUUAGCCGUUGCUGCUCUAUGUGCAACAAAGUAACCAACCCCAUGACUAUUCAUUUUUAUUGCCAUGUAUGUAAUUUAUGUUGUAUGCUUGGUUGACACACUGUUGCCAGUUUGCAUACUGAGAGGCUGUCAGACCGAAACAUCUGUUCAUGAAUUAAUCAUAAAGCUGGAGUGAAGGCC